AUGACAGCUGAAUUUCCAAAUGAAAUAUUUGAAGAAUUGGUCCACUGUCUGCGUGAUAUGCAUGUAUCAUUUGAGACAUAUUUUCCUGAAGUGCAGAAAACUGACAUUAAAAGGUCUGCAGGUGCAGACACAGAACCAGCAGUUCCAGAAGGGACAAAGCAGGGAAAUGAAGAGGAAGCACGUGAAGCAAGUGAUGUUUCCACAGUGGCAACAUCCUCUGAAGAGGAGUAUGAGCCGCCUCUCUUCCGAGCAGCCAGCGAGCAUGAGCUUCCUCCAGAGUUCCGACUUUCAUCAAAUCACACAGCCACACUUCUAACUCUUCGCUGUCUUGCUGACCAAGAUCUUAAGGACAAAAUCAUUCAGUCUGCUAUACGAGAAGGGGAAUGUCUGGAACUUCUCAUUAACCUUAUUGAAACAGACAAUUUGAACUGCCAGCUUGGGGCUCUUUUAAUUUUAAGCAAAAUAUCAUCUAGUCGCAGCAUAAAAAAGAGUAUUCUAGAUUUUGAAGGAGUGCUGCCACUAGUCAACAUUCUUUCAUGCCCUGCAAGAGAUUUGCAAAUUUUGGCAGCAGAGACAAUCCAGAACAUAGCUAGCAUGAGACAGGUUCGAAAGCUAGUAAGACAAUAUGGAGGCAUUCCUGUUCUGGUUGACUUACUUGACAUCAACCCAACUGCCUUGCAGUUUCCUGUUGAAGCACUAUCACCUGAAGACGUGAAGCAAGUGGAGGUGGCUCGUAACAGCAUAAAGGCGCUGUGGACACUCUCAGUAUCUAACAGAAACAAAAAAGAAAUGCUGAAAGCAAAUUGUGUACCUCUCUUUGCGAAGCUCUUCCGGUCAGUUCAUCCAGAUAUUAUAAUACCCACUGCAGGGAUUCUACAAGAAUGUGCCUUAGAGAAAAGUUACCAGUCAGCGUUUGAGAAUCAUGGGAUGAUAGCUGAUUUUGUUCAGUAUCUUUUUUCUGAAAGUGCAGAACUGAAAAAGCAUUCAGCUUCAGCUAUAUUUAGGUGUGCAGAGGGUGACAUUACACGAAAUAUGGUUCGGCUGGCUGAUGGCUUAUACAUUUUAGUCAAGCUUGCCAAAACCAUCAAAGUUCAUCCAGACAGAUUACUUUUAGCUGCUGUGACAGGUGCAAUAUGGAAAUGUGCUCUUAAUUCUGAGAAUGUUCAACGAUUUGAUGAACUUGAAGCUGUGGAAGUUUUGAUUGCUAUUUUACAAGAUGAAUAUAGAGAGCUACAUAGCUUUUGUCUUGUGACAAGGAAUCCUAUUUGUCGCAAAGAAUGUUUUCUACCAGAAAUUCUUGAGGUGUUGACAAAUGUGAUUGGAGGACUAUCGCAGUUUGCAAAACUUUCUCACAACCGCGAAGCUCUUCGUGAAGCACGUGUUGUUCCCUUGCUGGUGGAAUUGUUGUUUGAAUCAAAAGAAGAUCUGCUUGAAAAUGUUGCUCAUCUACUGGGUGAAUGUGCCAAAGAAAAGGAAUCAAUGUCCAUCAUUGAAGAACUUGAUGGUGUCAGUCUUCUUUGGUCACUGCUUAAAAACCCAUCAACAAAUGUGCAAGCAAACGCUGCUUGGGCUUUGUGCCCAUGCCUUGAAAAUUCAAAGGAUGCAGGAGAAAUGGUGAAAAGCAUCCCUGGAAGCAUGUUGAUUGCAAUACGUUUACUUCGUACGUCUAAUGAUACAAAUGUUUUGGCUGGUGUAUGUGCUGUCUUGGCCAGGAUAGCACUGGACAAGGAGAACCUGGCUAUUAUAACAGACCAUGGAGUGGCAACUGUACUAGCUAAGCAUGUAACAACAGCAGAGGAAUAUCCAUGGGUGCUUGAUGUCCAUAUGACCCACAUAUACAGGCUAGUUCACUUGAUAGCAGUGCUGCCAUUGCUGCCGGGGGUGCCACCUCUGAAUGAUGAUGGUGCCUCUGAUGGCAUCUGCUAG